UGAAAUAGUGACAGUAACCAAGUGCUCAAUGUAAUGGCAAUUAAGUUCAAACUGUAGAUGCUUUGAAUCAAUAGGAUGGAAAGAUUGUGCUUUAUUAUCUUGCUGGAAUUUCUGACCAUACUGGCUGGCAGGACUCAAGGAUUUCUGUUAACUCAUAUGAAAGAACCAGAUGAAAUAAGAUUAGUUGAUGGUGCGUCUAACAGAGAAGGCAGAGUCGAGGUGAAUAUGAAUGGAACAUGGGGGACAUUGUCAGGAAAAUUAAUAUUUGAGCCAUUAUAUUUUCCAAAAAAGAACACCCGUGAAGCAUUAAAUGAAAAGAAAAUACAAACGUUCCGAUACAUCUGCAGAAGAUUAGGGUUUCCUGACUACCUGGCAAGAGAUGGAGGCUUUAAAUAUGGUCCUGGCAGUGGACCAAUAUACAUAUUACGUCAAGAUUUCAUUAACAGGACUAAAUUUUAUGCUGAGGACUGCUUCAAACGUUUUUAUUAUAGUAGUACCAUAUGCUUGCAUAAGUAUGAUUUAAGUAUAUCGUGUGCACCAAUGAAGACCCCAGACUUUGAUUGGAAGAUUGACAAUGCUACUCAGCUGCUAUUGGUCCACAGAAAUCAGAGCUGGGGCACAAUUGAGCGACCUUAUUGGUACAUUUUUAACAUUAAAGGAAAAAUAUACGAAUAUAUAAACAGACAUAUUGUCUGUAAAACGCUUCGUCCGAAAAUGACUGAAACAGAGAGUAUUGAAAAUGUGACAUUUGCAGUUAUUCACGUACCAAGCCAACCAGAGCAGUAUCUCCCUGCUUCCAUAUGUACAAAACAUCCAAGAAAAAACCUUUGCUCUUUCAAAAUAAGAAGACAAACAGAGUUUAAUAUUGAAAACUAUAAAACAACUGUCAUAAUGGACUGUCAGCAGGAAAUACCAAAGAGGAUAAUGAAGAAAGAGUUGCGACAAUGUGUGACUGUAUCUGGCCCAAAACAGUAUUACAGACCUGGGAUGAAAGAAACAUUUAAAUGCCC